UGACGUUUCGGGCAGCCGGCUGAUUCCAGUGUUUUCCCGUGUUGUGUUGGCCGAACAGGAACUUUUCUCCAAUUUUAAUCCGCAAAAGUGAUAAAGUAUGUCCUCGAAGGAAUUAAAAGCGGCCCUGAAGGAGGCCCGCGAAGCGGUCAAGAACAAAAAGUUCUCCGAUGCCAUCAAAUUGUGCAAUAAAAUCCUCCGCGAGGACAAGGAAAACUACAUGGCCCUUCUGCUGAUGGGGGCCUCGUACCAGGAGACGGACAAGAAGGAAGCGGCCGCCUAUCUGAAGCGUGCCCUCGCGGCAAACUCUGACCAAACAGUGGCGCUGCAGGGGUUGGCCACCUGCGCCGACGAUCGGGAUCUGCCGGAGGUCUGCGAAAAGUUGCUCGCGUUGACACCGGACAAGUAUGGCGAUUUGCAUGGGAAGCUGCUGGGGGUGGCCAGCAGGGGAGAGCAGGUCGAAAAGGUGUUGGGUAUUUUCGAGCGGGAGGCGUCGAAGGAGGGGGAGCCGGAUCGCGUUCGUUCGGCGUUCCAGUGUCUGUCGAAGGUGCUGCUGGCGGAUCCGGCGUUGGAGGGAAAGCAUGAGACGUUGGUUGAGCGAACGCUGGAGUUUGAGGUGGACAAUCCGGAGGAUCCGUUUUUGCAUGAUAAGUUUAAGCGAUAUUUGAAACUGUUGUACAAACUAAAACUGCAUGAAAAGCUUGUGCGGAAGGCUUGCGCAAUGCACGGCCGGUUCCGGAACGACAACUACCCGCUGGAGUGGAUCUGCAAAGUUUACGCCGAAGAGCUGAUUGAUGAUUGUAGCAUGGAGAAGCUGCUAUCGAGACCGCUUCAACAGUACAUCGACGCAGCAAUUGAGAUAAAGUCGGAUUCGGCGCUGGCGCUGGUCGCCAGUGGUAUCUUGAGCUACCGCAGUGGGGAAAUGUCCAGGGCAAAGGAGUUGCUACGCAAGGCGGACUCGGUUCAACCAAAUUGGUCCAUUUGUUUGAAGGUGUUGGCCGAGGUGUACUUCCGGGAGAAGGCGUUUGGGCUAGCGGAGAAUAUCUACCGGCAGCUUAAAAUUGUGAAUUCGAAUUUGUUCGUUGCUUUGGUGGAGGAUGGCAGCGAGGAAAAGCUGCAGGAAGCUGCCAAAUAUUGCGUUGAUUUGCAGAAGGAUUGUGACGACGAAAGAUUUUUAUUUUAUUGUGCAAAAAUGAAUUUGCUUCUGGGAAAUCUUGAAGAUUUAGAAGGCUUCAUGAAUAAGCUAAAAGCGUUGAACGUUUCCCAAGAUCGAUUGGAUUAUCUGAGCGCGUUGCGAAUGAAAUCCAAUGGAAAGCCGCAAGAAGCGUUAGAAAUACUUCAAAAGCACGAAAACAGCUGCGACUGUCUGCUAGAACUGGCCAAAUUGCACUACGAGGCCCAAAACGUGGAGCAGAGCUUUAUGGCCGCGCUGAAGGCAACCAAACUCGACCCGAACAACGCCAAAUGCUUCCACUGGCUCGGCAAGCUCUACCUCCACAACGCGGACACGGCCCGUGCGCGCAAGUGUCUGGAAAAAUGCAUCAGUCUCAACCCGGCCCAGAAGGAAGCGAUCAUUCUGCUCAGCUCGCUGUAUCGCACCCUCGGCGAAUGGGACGCCAACUCGAAGCUGCUGCAAAGCUCGGUUGCGCUCGGUGCCACCGGAAGCGGUUCCGCGUGGGCCCAUCUCCAGCUCGGGCUGCACCACCUGGGCCAGCAAAAGCACGACGAAGCGAUUGCCGCCUUCCGGACGGUGAUCCGGUACGACGUGGCCAACAUCACCGCCUGGGAGGGCCUGGCCGACGCGUACAUGGGCCGGGGUUCGUACUCGUCCGCGGCGAAGGUGUUUGAGAAGACGGCCGAACUUAAGCCGGACAAUCCGUACCCGAAGCUGCAGCUGGCGAAUAUUAAGAAUAUCCUUCGCCAACACCGUGACGCCGUGGCGCUCUUUGAGGAGCUACUCUCCACCAACGAAAAGUACUUUCCCGCGGUCAAGGGUAUCGCCGAAUCGUACGCCGGUCUGUGCUACUACCGGCUGGGUCAGCGCCUGGUCGGAAAAGCCCGCGAUCACGCCCAAAGUGCCGUCGAUUAUGUGACGCGAGCGAUCAAGCUGAAGCCCAACUUUGUCUGUCUGUGGAAGCUGCUGGCGAACGUGUUGGACACGGUGGCGGAAUUUCCACGGCCACGGUCGCACUUGUUGAUCGAGGGUGGGUUGGCGGGAGUGGCUCACCGGAAGAAUGCGCUGGUGGAGGGGGAGAAGCUGUUCGAGUUGGCCAGUCGGUGCUACAGCCGGGCGAUCAAGAUCAACGGGGAUGACAGUUUGCUGUGGUACGAGCUGGCGUUGAAUCACUAUCGGCGGGCGACGAGGUUCGGAACGGUUCGGGAAGAGAGUGUGAAGAAAUUGAGUUCGGCGGUUGAGGCAGCGAAGCAAGCGAUCAAGUUGGAACCGAGCAGGUGGCAAAAUUGGAACCUGCUUGGGGUCAUCUGCGCCAGCAAGGAGAUUAAUAAUUUGGCUCUGGCUCAGCACUGUUUCAUUGAGGCGAUUUCGGUGGACAAGAAAACUGCGGCCGUGGGUUGGUCCAACUUGGGAGUGAUGUAUUUGCUGCAGGGUUCGAUCGGACUGGCCAACAAGGCCUUUGGACGGGCCCAGCAGACGGACACGACCUGCAUCAACGCUUGGAUUGGCCAAGCCAGCAUUGCUGAACAGAUGGGUCACGCCGAAGAGGCGAUGGACCUGUUCCGACACUGUACACAGCUAGGCUACCAUCCGGAAUCGGCGCUAAGUUAUGCGCACUGGGUUUGCUCGGUUCUCAGUGAGGAAGAUUACAGCAAAAACAAGCGAAAUCAGUUUGCGAUUGAAAACAUGCACGCGCUGCCGUUGUCGCAUGAUUCGAUUCAGUGGCACUGCAUCGACAAGCAUGACGAAGCUUCUGUCGAGGCACUCAGCUUCCUUGGAAACAUCAGCAGCCGGCUGGGACUGUGGGCCACGGCGUGCGAAGCCUACCGAAAAGCGGCGGCCAAAGCCAACGGUCAGCAAAAGGAUCACAUCUUGUGCGAUCUGGGCCAGUGCCUGCUCAAGCGGAAACUGUACUCCGAAGCCGUGGAGUGCUUCCAGCAGGUCAGUGAAGCCACCUACCAGGCCACGGUCGGGAAGGCGUUGGCGUACUUCAAGGCCGGCCAGUAUCAGGAAUCGUACGCCGAGUAUGAAAGCGCACUAAACUGGCUUGCUACUUCGGACCUGGAGAAGUCCUACGUGCUGAUCGCGAUGUCCGCCAUGGUGUACGCAUUCCAGGGUGAAGCCGACGCCAAAACGAUUCUGUUUCAAUGCAUCACCCUACCCGAACCGCCCAUCGAGGCUCUCUUUUCGGCGUGCGCCCUUGGCCUUCUGCACAAAGACGCCGUCCUCACCGAGCUAGUCAUCAAGGAGCUGCGCAAGUACGAGGACGAUCCCAAGCACGGCCACCACGUGGUCUACCUGGUGUCGCAGUUUUACUGGGCAAAUAAACAAAAGUCCCAAUCGCUGGCCUACCUCGUGUCCCAGGUGCACAAGUGGCCCGCCCGGGCCAAGCUGCGCCAGGUGUUGGCCAUCUCGCUGCUGAAAAACCAUCGCACCCCCAAGCAGAACCUGAUCGUGGCCAGUGGGAUUGCGCAGAGUGCGCUGGUGCUGGAUUUGCACGACCGGCAGGGCAGUACCCGGGCCGAGGAUGCGGCCAAGUGGCUGGCGGUGGCCAGCGAAGCGGUUCGGCCGGUCGACGAGCGGCGGAGGCGUGUCCUGGCUCAGAAGGCGGUCCACGUGGAUCCCACGUGCCGGGAGGCGUGGAGCUCGUUGAUUCGGGUGUUGCAGGCCAAAAAGUGAGGAAUGUCGGCGGGGAAUGUGAUUUGAUUGUUGAGUUUGGUGGAAUAAAUUGGAAAGUGAAUAUGUGAUAUUCAUAAUUUAAA